AUCCAUCAAUAACAGUGACGAUGCGAUACUACUGUAAUGCACCAUAUAUUUCAUCAGAUCAUUCACGAGUAAAAAUUCAUACUGUAAUCGUAAAAUUUGGACGUCGAUCUUCCUCCUCCUUCCCUCGCCAAAAUACCCCAUUCUUGAAACUCUAAUUACUGCCUCCGUUCCCCCGCAAUUCCAAAGUCAGGGUUCAUAAAAUUUCCUUUCAAACCCCCAAUCCUAACUUCCGGUUCUCUCACUACAGCACCGGUAUUUAAUCGUACCUAAAUUCAAAUUUACAUGAUCGCGCAUAAAUCCAAUUCCGCCUUUUAAUGGAUGUGGAUGGGGGAAGAAGGAUUUUUAAAAGCCUAGGGCCGUCUUCUUCAACCGAUCACAGGAAUAACAACACUAGGCAGCAGAAGGUGUGUUUUCACUGGGAAAAGGGUAAUUGCAGUAGAAAUCCCUGCCCUUUUUUGCACCCCACGGCGGCGAAUGGCAAGAGGGGGCACCAGGGUUUCGGGGCGGAGGAUAAUUACCGCGGCGGCGGCGGAUUACGGAGGAGCGGGAACUAUAAUUUUAGUAAUAGCAAUCAUAGUAAUUCAUGGGGGAGGCCGCAGCCGCAGCAAUUGGCAGGCGGCAAUAGGAAUUUCGUUAGGAAAGUCGAGAAAAAGAUCUGCAACUAUUGGGUGCAAGGGAGCUGUAGAUACGGGGAUACCUGUAAAUUUUUGCAUCAUUGGUCCACCGAUUCCUUUACUCUGUUGACGACGCUCGAGGGGCACAAACAGGCUGUCACAGGGAUUACGUUGCCUUCGGGGUCGGAUAAGCUUUACUCCGGGAGUGAAGAUGAGACUGUCAGAGUAUGGGACUGCCAAUCUGGUCAGCUGUCAAGUGUAGUGAAUUUGGGAUGUUCAGUAGGCUGUAUGCUAAGCGAAGGUCCAUGGGUGUUUGUGGGUUUGACAAAUCUUGUCAAGGCAUGGAAUGUCCAAACCUCAAUGGAGCUCAGUUUAAGCGGACCUGUUGGACAAGUGUAUUCCAUCGUUGUUGGAAAUGAUCUACUCUUUGCUGGUAACAAGGACGGGACAAUAUUGGCAUGGAAAUUCAAUGCAGCUACCAACUACUUUGAGCCAGCUGCAUCACUCAAGGGUCAUACUCUUGCUGUCGUGACACUAGUUGUCGGUGGUAACAGAAUGUACUCCGGCUCCAUGGACCACACUAUAAGAGUAUGGAGCCUGGAAACUUUGCAGUGUAUCCAGACUUUAACAGGACAUAACCAUGUCGUGACAUCUGUUUUGUGUUGGAAUCAGUUCCUUAUAUCAGCUUCACUGGACAACACUGUAAAGUUCUGGGCUACAACCGAGUCUGGUAAUUUGGAAGUAACAUACACCCAUACGGAGGAACAGGGUUUAAUCACUCUGUGCGGGAUGCAUGAUUCAGAAAGUAAACCAGUGUUGUUCUGCUCCUGCAAUGACAAUUCUGUUAGAGUCUAUGAUUUGCCUUCAUUCUCAGAGAGGGGGAAGAUUUUCUCCAAGGAGGAGGUCCGCAGCUUACAAAUUGGCCCAGGUGGUUUAUUUUUCACUGGUGAUGGAUCGGGUCAAGUAAGAGUAUGGAAGUGGUCAUCCGAAUCAACCACUACUUCAUGAGAAUCAGGUUAUAUAUAUAUAUAGAGAGAGAGAGUUGUGAUCAAUGUCGAACCAAUUUUAAAGACCGAAUUAGAGACCAAAUCUGGGUCAUUUUACUUCAUUGUAUAGGUUU